AAAAUAAAAUAAAGAAAUAAAAGAAAGGACGCCAUCGACCCCGUCUCAGAGUCGUACAUACAAUACAGAAGCAACCUGACUCUGUUUCUUCUCUUCUCUCUUCAUUUCAAAACGCUAUUUCUCAUUCCAAAUUCAUCUCUUUCAGAUCCCUAAUUUCUCCUCUUUUACUCGUUCCCACGAAACCGAUCCAAUGUCGCUUUGAAUCACGUGCCCCUCAUCAUCUCCGAUUUCUUUCCCCUUUUUCAAUUCCAUUAUUCAACCACUUAGGUCAAACUGUACCAUGUCGCUGUCAUAGUGAUUCCCGUAACCCUAAUUUAGUCCCUUUUCAGCUGCUUCUUGUUCGAAAAAAGGGGCUGUGAACGGGAAUGGGUUCGAAGAUGGAAGGAACUUCUACACCAGCUGUUCGACGGGAUCCUUACGAAGUUUUGUCCGUUUCGAGGGAUUCAACCGACCAGGAAAUUAAAACCGCUUACAGAAAGCUUGCUCUAAAGUAUCACCCUGACAAGAAUGCCAGCAAUCCUGAAGCUUCAGAACUAUUCAAAGAGGUUGCAUAUUCUUAUAAUAUCUUAUCCGACCCAGAGAAGAGAAGGCAGUAUGACAGUGCAGGAUUUGAGGCACUUGAUGCUGAUAGCAUGGACAUGGAAAUCGAUUUAUCCAAUCUUGGGACUGUGAACACGAUGUUUGCAGCUUUAUUCAGCAAGCUGGGUGUCCCUAUCAAGACUACCAUUUCUGCUAAUGUGCUUGAAGAGGCUUUGAAUGGCACAGUUACUGUCAGACCCCUUCCAAUUGGAACAUCAGUUAGUGGAAAGGUAGAGAAGCAAUGUGCUCAUUUUUUUGGCGUGACAAUAAGUGAGCAGCAAGCUGAGUCAGGGAUUGUAGUUAGAGUUACUUCAACUGCACAAAGCAAAUUCAAGUUGCUCUAUUUCGAACAAGAUGCAAACGGUGGUUAUGGUUUGGCAUUGCAGGAAGAUAGUGAGAAGACUGGGAAGGUGACAUCUGCAGGAAUGUAUUUCUUACAUUUUCAAGUGUACAGAAUGGAUUCAACUGUGAAUGCGUUAGCAAUGGCAAAGGAUCCUGAAGGGGCUUUCUUUAAAAGGUUGGAAGGUCUUCAACCUUGUGAAGUCUCGGAAUUAAAGCCUGGCACACAUAUAUUUGCUGUUUAUGGAGAUAACUUCUUUAAGACUGCUAGCUAUACAAUUGAAGCAGUAUGUGCAGAAUCACUUGAAGAUACCACCGAAAAACUUAAGGAUAUUGAGGCUCAAAUUUUAAGAAAGAGGAAUGAGCUACGCCAAUUCGAAUCAGAGUAUAGAAAGGCAUUGGCACGCUAUCAGGAAGUGACAGACAGAUACGCAAAAGAAAAACAGUCUGUUGAUGAGCUUCUGAAACAAAGGGAUGGUAUCCAUUCAACCUUCACCAUUGUUAAGCCAACCAAUAUUAGCGGAAGUGGUAGUAAUUUAAGCAAUGGAAGUUCUAGCAAAAUUUCUGGUGAAGAUUCCAAAGGUGAGAGCCCCGGGGAAGAUGGUGGGUCAGAUGGCAGGGAUAAAUCAGGCAAAAAGAAAUGGUUCAACCUUAAUCUUAAAGGUUCAGGUUCUGAUAAGAGGUUGAUAUGAAAUACACUUCAUUUUGCUUAUCUCUUGGAACAAUAUGCUUGAAUGUCUGUCAGUCAUUGCAUCAAACUUACAGCAUCCCACAGAUAUAUAGGGUGUAGUGUAUGUCUGCAAUAUUUUCAUUUGCUUGGUUCCAAAAGAUUGUAAACUGGUUGGUUAAUUUGUUCAUUGGUUUGUGAUGCAGUCAAAGGUAUACAGAAUAUGUCUCUUACUACUUCCCAUAUUUUUGCUGUCCAAUGAGACCCAAAUUUUCCGAUUCCCUUGUAGCAUCCUGAACAUAUAUAUUUUUGAUACUGUAAUGAUAUAUCAUAUGUUCAUUCUUGUAA